AUGAUGGAUGAAUUCGACAAGAGUGACUUGGGACUCUUAUCCUACUACCUGGGUAUUGAGGUUGAACAAGGGGAGAAGCAAAUCUCUGUCCGACAAUCAGCAUACGCUUGCAGAAUCCUGAAACAGUUUGGCAUGAGUGAAUGUAAUGCAACAUAUGUUCCUAUGGAGCACAAACUUAAAUUGCACAAGGACAGGGAAGAUGAGCCGGUGGACCCAACAGAAUAUCGACGCGUCAUUGGUAGUCUCAGGUAUCUCCUGCAUACACGACCUGAUCUAUCAUAUUUUGUGGGAAUGCUUAGUAGGUACAUGGAAAGGCCAACCUUGAUACAUCUUAAAGAUGUGAAGCAGAUUCUUAGAUACCUGAAGGAUACUAUCCAUUUUGGCUUGACAUACACAAGGGGAGGAAACGAUGUGGAACUUGGCGGUUAUACAGACAGUGAUCUGGCAAGUGACCCAGAUGAUAGGAGAAGCACCGGAGGCAUAGUUUUCUACAUCAACAACAACCUCGUGUCUUGGGGUUUAUACAAACAAAGGACAGUGGCUUUGUCUUCCUACGAAGCUGAAUACGUGGCGGCAGCCGCUGCUGCAUGCCAAGCGGUGUGGCUGGCGAGUGUGAUUAAAGAAAUAACAGGGAACAAACUCAAGCUAGUGACUUUGUUCGUGGAUAACAGAUAA